UUAAGCAAGGGAUAAUAGCUAGCUAGCCAGUUCCAAUAAGGAUAACUUUCACACGUAUGCACACUGAAAACAAGAAUAUCAGAUUCACGUAUGCACACUGACACAAUGCAUUGUUUUAUUUUUCCAUAGUCAAAUUCCGAUACCAAUUAGGAAUUUAUUACCCAUAGUGUAGUAAGAUUCAGAUCCCAAUUAGGAAUUAGUGUAUCCCUAGGAUCCAUUAUCAACCAGGAUAAGAAGCAAUGAAUAAAAAGAUUCCAAUAAAAGCCUGUUACUGGGUCCCAUCAACAGCUUUAACCAACUACUUUACUGAAUAAAAUCCCUAAGUUGCUUGUGUAAUUGGCUUAUCUCAGACCUUUUGGUCCAACUUAAAACUGGCAGGUGUGACCUUGACCUGCCAUUCUUACAAGCAUAUGUUCUGUUCAAGUAUUUUGGCGAUAGGAGUGCAAAAAUAAUUUCAGGAAAGGAAAAAAGACUUGUUUGAUCAAUGGGUACUAAAGUGGGAGAAGGAUCUCUGGAAGCUGCUCUGUUAGAAGAUGGGAGUUCUCCACUGUUGGUGUCAGAAACGGAAGGAAAGUACACUGGAGAUGGAUCUGUUGAUACUGAGGGAAGGCCUUCUGUAAAAGCAGUUACAGGCAACUGGAGGGCUUGUCCAUUCAUCUUAGGAAAUGAGUGCUGUGAGCGAUUGGCAUAUUAUGGUAUCAAUACCAAUUUAGUGACUUACUUGACUAAGAUUUUACAUCAGGGUAAUGCCUCUGCUGCAAAGAGUGUCAACACUUGGGCAGGCACCUGCUAUGUUACACCACUUCUGGGGGCAGUUUUGGCUGAUGCAUACUGGGGCCGUUUUUGGACCAUUGCAGUUUUUUCUACAAUCUACUUCAUUGGGAUGGCAACAUUGACUUUGUCAGCAUCUCUCGCAUUCUUGAAGCCUCCUUCAUGCACAGGAACCGAUUGCCCAACAGCAACUUUUGCACAAUCUGGUGUGUUUUUCCUUGGGCUGUACCUAAUUGCGCUGGGAACUGGAGGCAUCAAACCUUGUGUCUCUUCUUUUGGAGCAGACCAAUUUGAUGAUACCGAUCCUGUAGAAAGAAAGAAAAAGGGCUCAUUUUUCAACUGGUUUUACUUUUCAAUCAACGUUGGGGCUCUUAUCGCAAGUAGUGUUCUUGUUUAUGUCCAGGACAAUAUUGGUUGGGGAUGGGGUUUUGGUAUUCCUACAGUAUUUAUGGGAGUAGCCAUAUUCAGUUUCUUUUCUGGUACUCCGCUUUAUAGGUUCCAAAAACCUGGAGGUAGCCCUGUCACUAGGCUAUGUCAGGUUGUAGUUGCAUCAGUGCGCAAAUUAGGAGCUGAGGUCCCUAACGAUCAAUCACUUCUAUACGAAUUACAAGACAAGAAAUCUGCAAUUCAAGGAAGCCGGAAACUAGAACACACUGAUGAAUUCAAGUGCCUCGACAGAGCAGCUACAAUUGUAGAUGAUGAUGUUAGGAAGGGUGAUUAUUCUAAUCCUUGGCGGCUAUGUACUGUGACCCAAGUUGAGGAAUUGAAGAUUCUCCUUCGUAUGUUUCCGGUUUGGGCAACUACUAUUGUCUUUUCUGCCGUUUAUGCUCAAAUGUCUACAAUGUUUGUAGAACAGGGAAUGACCUUGGACACUAGCAUUGGAUCAUUUCAUAUUCCUCCAGCAUCAUUAUCCAUAUUUGAUACUCUCAGUGUCAUUUUAUGGGUUCCAAUAUAUGAUGGUCUAAUUGUACCACUUGCACGGAAAUACACUAAGCAAGAAAGGGGUUUUACACAGCUGCAGCGAAUUGGCAUUGGUCUGUUGAUAUCUGUAAUGGCUAUGGCAGUAGCUGCUUUGGUUGAAAUAAGGCGUUUGGAUUUGGUAAAAAGUCAUAACUUAGUUCAUGACAGUGUCACAACAGUUCCAAUGAGCAUUCUUUGGCAAAUUCCCCAGUAUUGCUUGAUUGGUGCGGCAGAGGUUUUUACCUUUAUAGGACAGCUGGAGUUUUUCUAUGAUGAAUCACCUGAUGCUAUGCGCAGUUUAUGCAGUGCGCUAUCUCUCCUUACAACAGCGUUAGGCAACUAUUUAAGUAGCUUCAUCGUUACAGUCAUUGCGUAUGUCACCACCAAAGGGGGAAAACCAGGAUGGAUACCUGAUAAUUUGAAUGAAGGGCACCUGGACUACUUCUUCUGGCUUUUGGCAUUACUGAGCCUGUCGAAUUUGUUCGUAUAUCUUUCUUGUGCCCACCGGUACAAAUACAAAAAGGCUGAUUGAGAUUUCAGGGUAGGAGCUGAAUGGGAUGUGCCAUUAUCACAUCCACCACAUCUGAGAAAUUUAUGGAGAAUGCACAUAAAAAUAUUAGAAUUGAAUGUAGUAUUACAAUUGAAACACUGCUAAUUAUUUGUCAGGUUGCCCUUGAUUAACAGUCAUUUUAAGGGUUUGUAAGUAUUUGUAUAUAUUCUGGUCACAUGUAUGAAUUCCCGCUAUAAUAAGAAUUUGUCAUCAAGAAA